AUGACAGCAUCUACAAAAGCCAAAGACUUGACUCACUUGUUAUCCAUCGAAUCUAGAAAUAGACAAACCUCCGAGUUAAAGGGAGUUCUCAAAUACUUCAACACCGACGUCGCCUACUUGGCUGGGGGUUUACCAAUGUCUGAUUAUUUCCCAUUUGAAAGAGUCACUGUUGAUAUCCCAACUCCAUCAUUCGCUGGCGGUAUUGGAGCUCCAAUCACUGGUGAAAACAAAACCACUGUUGAAGUGUACAAGAAAAAAGCAGACAAUGAACCAGACCAAAUAGAAUUAGCCAGAGCAUUGCAAUAUGGCGGUACCGAAGGUCAAGCUGAGUUGAUGCAAUUUGUCAAAGAACACACCGAAAUGAUCCACAAGGUUCCUUAUGAAGAUUGGGAUGCCGUUGUAUCGGUUGGUAACACUGAAUCAUGGGAUUCUACUUUAAGAACCUUCUGCAGUAAAAGUGAUUCCAUCUUGGUUGAAGAGUACUCAUUCUCAUCUGCAUUGGAAACUGCCAACGGUCAAGGUAUCAACACUAUUCCAGUCACCAUGGAUGAAUUUGGUAUUAUUCCAGAAAAAUUAGAGGAAUUAAUGAGUAGAUGGGUUGGAAGCAAACCAAAACUUUUAUACACCAUCUGUACUGGUCAAAACCCUACUGGUUCUUCUUUGAGUGUUGAAAGAAGAAGAAAAAUCUACGACAUUGCUUGUAAAUACGACUUUAUCAUUGUCGAAGAUGAACCUUACUACUUUUUGCAAAUGGAACCAUACACCAAAAACAAGGCUUCCCGUGAAGGUAAAGCCGUCCACGACCACGACGAAUUUAUCAAAGCAUUGGUCCCAUCUUUCAUCUCCCUCGAUGUUGAAGGUAGAGUUAUCAGAUUGGAUUCUGUAUCCAAAGUUCUUGCUCCAGGUUUGAGAUUGGGUUGGAUUAUUGGACAAAAGGCAUUAUUGGAAAGAUUCAUUAGAUUGCACGAAGUGUCCGUGCAAACCCCAUCUGGGUUUUCUGAAACCAUCACCAACGCCUUGUUACGCAAAUGGGGCCACUCUGGUUAUUUGGACUGGUUGAUCAAAUUAAGAGCCGAGUACACCCACAAGAGAGAUGUUGCCAUCGAUGCUGUUGACGAAUAUUUACCAAAAGAAGUUGUCACUUACAACGCUCCAGUUGCCGGUAUGUUUUUCACCAUGACUGUUGAUGCUUCUAAACAUCCAAAAUUUAAAGAAUUUGGUGAAGAUCCAUUGAAAGUCGAACAAGUUAUCCACGACCAAGCCAUCAAACAAGGGUGUUUGUUAGCUCGAGGUUCUUGGUUCAAGAGUGAAGGUCAAUCCAGUCCUCCACAAAAAAACUUGCCACAAAACCCAAACCAUAAAACACAUAUUUUCUUCAGAGGAACAUAUGCCGCUGUUCCAUUAGAAAAAUUAGUCGACGGGUUGAAAAAGUUUGGUAAAGCUCUUAGAAUGGAAUAUGAGUUGAAAUAG